AUGGACAAGGCAUACCUUCCGCAAUGGGGCCAGUUACCCGUCGAGCAGUACUUGAUCAAACACUGGGAUCACUCCUCAUCUGAGCCUACUGAAGACCAGCGCCUCCGACUGAUCCAUCAGUUCUUGGAUCUAGAUGAGAUUCCGAAGGAACUGGACCCUAAUUGUCAUGCCUCGGACACUUACGAAACACUGUCACCUACGGCCUAUGAAAUUGAUACUAUCCUUCGCCCCUGGCGCUCUGAUAACCUACGGAAGAUAGCGUGGAGGAUUUGGGGGUGUGAUAACAAUCAGUUGAUUUUAUUACGCACCUACUAUAAUGCCGAUGACAACGACAAAAUCACGGAAUUAGUAGGGUCCGAUGAACUCCACGAGGAGAAUGUAGCCUGGUGGGCACUUCUUGAUAAUCCCGAACUCUUUAAUUUCGGUGAUCAGUGGUGGCGAGUCUUCGAUAUCUUGCCAGAGUUAGCCGGCCCUUUAAAUGAUAAUAGCCGCCUGCCGAAUCCAGAAAAUAUCUCACGGGACAGACAGUAUUUUAAGAAUAUCAUACUACCGACCCUCAAACAAAGCGACGAAUGGAGGGCGAAUCGUGACAAUUAUAUUGAAAGACAGAGCGAUUUCCUUCGGCGAACAGCUUCAAAGGGCUAUCUUGCUAUUGCAGAUCAGGAAGCCUUUAAAACGGACAUGCUACGGUUAAUCUAUCUCGAUGGGAAGAGAAAUAUUGUCCAAGAGACCCGGAUGGCAUUUAAUGAGCAAACAUUUGCUGAUGUUGCUGUUGAAUGGGAUCAGUUGUCGCUUCCUAUGCAAUUAUGGGAGGACGGAAAGACUGGUGAGAAGUAUCGAGUGAAUGGGGAGCUGGGAAGGGAGUUAUAUCAGCUAGAUGAGGCUGAUCUGGAAUAA